AUGGCACCGACCUCGAAUGUCCAUGCUCGAUCGCACAGUCUGCUGCUCUUACAGAAACUCCUCAACCUUCGUGACGGCGCAAGUCCUCUUACUCUCGUGAUAGACAAUCUCGAACAACCUGCGCGACCAGUCCUUAACGAAUUUAUUGCUAAGACACAGGUUAUCUUCCUGUCGCUUGUAACGCUGAAGAAACCACAAGAUGCAGAUGUUUUCAUAAAAGCUGCGGGAAGAGAUCUCCAGACUGUGCGCAAAGACUUGUUGAAUCAUUAUCCUGCUUUCAACCCUCUUUUGGACAAGGGAAAGCCCACUCAAAGGGCGGUUGUGAUUGUCGAGUCACUUAACGCCUUAGCCUCUGCCGCUCCUCAGUCCCUGGCAAGCUUUCUCUCGAGCAUCAUCACGCCAGCUGUCUCUAUCGUUGCCACGUACCAUGAUGAUGUACCCAUAGUACUACCAAGGUCGUUCAGCGAGUAUGAACCCCAUCCUUUCACUGUACUAUGCCACCUCGCUACUGCUAUCCUGAGGCUAUCCAGUCUUUACCAAGAGAUUGAGCGUCAGAAGGCUCGAAACAGGAGCAUUCAGGAGCCAGAGUGGGGUCUGAACGAAGAUCGUGAGGGGGUACUCGUCGGUCUUGGAGAGAAGGGCAGAGACCGGAACGAGGAUAGCAAUGGGGUUGUUAUUAAUAUGGAACUACGACGGCGAAGUGGAAGAACUGUUUCAGAAAAGUUUAUUCUCAGCUCCAAGGGAUUGGUUACAGCGCCUCAACCCAGCAAGGUAUGCUUGCUUACAGACCACCCAAUGUUCGCAGCGCCAACGGACAGUGGAGAGACCGGCGAAGGAGAGGAGGAACCUGAGAGUACAUUCAAUCUGGGGCUCACAGAGAAGCAACGAAAGGAUCGAGAGGGUAUCGUGUUGCCAUAUUUUGAUGCGCAAACGGACAUUGGUGCAGGAGAAGGUGGAAGAAUCCUUUACGAAAUGGGUAGAGAGGAUGACUUUGAUGAUGAGGAGGAUGAGAUAUAG